AUGCUGACUCUUGAUCACCAGGCGUUCUAUAUCGGAGCCACGACUGUUCUGGCCACCAUGACUCACAGGACUGGCCUGUUCGUCCACCAGUGGGACCUUCGACUGAGCGGCUUGGAACACUUUGUAUAUUGCUAUCUUAUCACAACGAUACUCUACUGUUUUGCUAUCUCGUUCAUCAAGGCGUCCAUCCUCCUCGAAUGGAUCCGGAUAUUUGUUCCUAAAUCAACGCGCAACAGGUUCUUUUGGAUAUGUUACGCCAUGGUCUGGGCCAAUUCGUUAUUCUAUGCUAUCACAGUCAUCACCCUCAACCUCACUUGUGUUCCUCGAGAGCGGAUUUGGCGCCGCUGGAUACCGGGAACGUGCAUCAACAUCAACGCCUUCAAUCUCUUCAUUUCGAUCUUCAACCUGAUAUUCGACGUCCUCAUCUUGUCGCUCCCGCAUCGGGUGAUAUGGAGGUUGGCGCUGUCAACGCGGCAGAAGAUUGGUAUCUCCUUCAUCUUCUCAGUUGGCAUUGUGUACGUCGCAGCCCCUAUCGAAGUGCUCGUAUCUCCCACGAUCCUUGAUUAUGUUAAUGCCGCCCCCAGGACCUGCGUCUGUGCCGCCGGUCGCGUUGCUUCCGCAGUCAACUUGACCUACAACCUCGACACAACCUACGCGUACUCCAGGCACCUGAUAUGGGGCCUUGCCGAGACCACGACCGCGGGACUAGUCUUCUGCGUUCCAGCAAUACCCCUCGCUUUUCGUAAGGGCCGCAACUCGACAUCCACGCAUGAUGUAUCUCUGCUACUUCGAGGAAUCGACAUCAGGAACACCGAGAUCCGUGGUUCAUUGGUUUCCAGGCUUAGUUACUCGGACGAUUAUACUCCCCGUAUCAUACGAACACAAAACCACCAUGGGGCAUCUCGGCACAGCGACCUUUACAGAGACAUUUACGAAGACCUUAGCUCCUGGUACAGAUGGCUACAGCUGCUGUCGCGGGACUUGCACGAGCAAGACGCUUGCUACUUUUGCUGCAAAAUCCAUUCGCCCUUGGAACCAUACAACCCAUACGCGCAAAGUCUAUGUUCAUAUGAAUGGAUCUGUCGCAUAAAGCGCCCCCGGAGCUUUUGGAAGAUUCCCAAGGUCGUCAUCGAUGCGGUAAUCCUGCGCGCCUCCGUUGGUCAAGACUACCGUUACACCUUGACCAACGUGAACACCAGCCGCCCUAUCACCAGCCCCCACGGCCACUUCCGCUACGGGCGCGCCUUCUAUAAAGCCCGCGUCUUUGAUGGAAAAUUCGUACUGCGAACGCAGUCGGCAUGGUAUUAUCAUCGAGGCGGGAGCAUGUCGCAUGAUUUCUUCGCUGCUGACUUCGACGGCGCCUGUCAACAUUUCAAGUGGUCCCAAGAACGACCCUUUCACGAGGCACUGGGCAAGAUUCGCUCAUGCGACAGAUGCAUGACCGACUACACCACCAACCUCCUGCAGCCACUGGGAGGCGAAGAGGUGUUGAUCUUCACGAGCUGGAGCCAACUCAUCGCCGGCCCGACGUACCUGGACGAGGAGCCGCGGAUGAACGAAUAUUAUAGGAGCCUAGAGCCAGAUGGGUGUGUGUUCGAGGCCUUUGAGCCACAGCGACUUGUGGUGGACCUGGGCGCGAAGGACACCGCCAGAAUACUCGAAGACCUUCGUAGCCUUCCAGAUGUCAAGAGAACACAUCGGUAUAUUUGCAACUACCACAGUGGCCGAUGGGAUUGA